UUUUACCUGUACAGUAAUCGGUUCGACUGGAGGUAUAUUCAAAAUGGCUGCGCCCAUGUCACCGCCGAUUGUUUUGCCAACUCAUUAUGAUCCGUCAUUUAAAGUUGAUAUUCAGCUGCAUGAACCACUGCUUUCAAGGGCAGUCACUCUUGGAGAUGUGCGCUUGGAGAUGAUCUCCCUUUGUUUCCAGCUCGAAACACUAUGUAAGAAGGAGAUUGCAGAGCAAACCAGCAUAAGACAUGGCCACGUUAGCAACUCUUUCAUUGACAGAGCCACUGUUGUAUUGGAUAGAAUGACCCGCCUACUUGAAAAGGUCCCACCUGAAUUCCAAGACUGCUUGAGGUAUAUAUACAGUCAGGGCCUGGACAAGUUGUUUCCGAGAGCAGUAACAUACCUUGCCAGCCCUCGCACAUUCGCUCUGGAUAACGAGAAUUCUUCUUUGGACAAUUAUUUAAACAGUGUGUCGCAGCUGGGGCAGAUGUCCACUUUGGCACGGCAGCUUCACAACGAUUGUGCUAACCCCUCCUCACAUAAAUACAUAGCACAUCAGCUGGCCCUACUCUACCAAACCUUGACCAGCCUGAAGAGCCCAGUGUUUUCCCAGCACAAGCAGAGUAUUGAGGGUAUGUUUAAGCCUAUCAAGGCCACACUGGCUGAGUCAGAUGAGGACAUGAGGAGGUGUCUCACAGAGGAGCAGCAGGAAUGGUUACUAAAUCUGACGAGUCAUAUCCUGAACAUUCUGAACACGUUCCCUGCAGAGCUCACCAUGGACAUGGUGCUACCUGCCACAGUGUUGCUGAAGAACACGUCUCCAUGACAACACUACAUGCAACCGUUCUGGUCACCAUGGAUACACAUGAACCGUGUUUUGUGAAAACCAGACUUAAUGCAUGUGCAUAAAGUGUCCUGUUAGAUUAUCCUGAGCAGUCUGCACAUGCUAAUCAGGGACGACACUGACCGCUUUAAUGGAUUUUUUUGUUUCAAGAAAAUCCAGUCAAGGCAUAAAGUGUUGUCCCUUAUAAGCCUGUGCAGACUGCUUAUGCUAAUUUUUGACGACACUUUACGCACAUGCAUUAAGCCCAGUUUUUCCAUAACCCAGCUCACAUAUGUUGGGAAUGAUGAGCAAUUUUGAGUGCUCGUACAUGUUAUAUGACAUCCUAUUAUAUGUAAAGGCAGAAUGUGGUUCAAAAUGAAUUAAAAUAGAUGUGUUCUGGAGUUUUGUGUACUAUCUGUUUCAUGACACUUCGUUUGUACAAGUGUUCAGUGGUCAUAGUAACCAUUGGAUGUGUACUAAGCUAUAAAACCUUCUUUAUUUACUAGUAUCCUUUAUAGGAUUUUACUUUACAUGUUCUGUUCUUGACAUUGGUCAUUGUGUACAUAAUUAUAUUGAGAGGUUACAGGUGGAAGAGAAUUGUUAACUGUGUGUAGUCCACCAGUAGACAGUAGUCAGGGAUUGUGUUGAUCAUUAAUGGGUUGAUUUCUAGGUGGUAAGGGUUUCAUAAUCGCAUUUUCGUUGGACAAAACUUUUUAUGUCCCCCACUAUAGUAGUGUAGUGGGGGACAUAUUGUUUUUGCCCUGUCUGUCUGUUGGUCCGUUGGUCUGUCCGUCUGUUUGCGCCAACUUUAACAUUUUGCAAUAACUUUUGCUACAUUGAAGAUAGCAACUUCAUACAUAUGUAUUUGGCAUGCAUGUGUAUCUCAUGAAGCUGCACAUUUUGAGUGGUGAAAGGUCAAGGUCAUCCUUCAAGGUCAGAGGUCAAAUAUAUGUGGCCAAAAUCGCUCAUUUUAUGAAUACUUUUGCAAUAUUGAAGAUAGCAACUUCAUAUUUGGCAUGCAUGUGUAUCUCAUGAAGCUGCACAUUUUGGGUGGUGAAAGGUCAAGGUCAUCCUUCAAGGUCAGAGGUCAAAUAUAUGUGGCCAAAAUCGCUUAUUUUAUGAAUACUUUUGCAAUAUUAAAGAUAGCAACUUGAUAUUUGGCAUGCAUGUGCAUCUCAUGGAGCUGCACAUUUUGAGUGGUGAAAGGUCAAGGUCAUCCUUCAAGGUCAGAGGUCAAAUAAAUGUGGCCGAAAUCGCUUAUUUUAUGAAUACUUUUGCAAUAUUGAAGAUAGCAACUUGAUAUUUGGCAUGCAUGUGUAUCUCAUGGAGCUGCACAUUUUGAGUGGUGAAAGGUCAAGGUCAUCCUUCACAAGGUCAAGGUCAUCCUACAAGGUCAAACGUCAUAUAGGGGGACAUUGUGUUUCACAAACACAUCUUGUUAUCAUCUGUUACACUAAAGUAUGUAGUAAAAAGUAAAUUAUUUAGCUAAUUGAAACUACCCUUUGCAUGUUAAAUGCUCUAGAAUAUCUGGAUGCUUCACCCUGCCCCUUUUUUUGGUUCCAACAUCCUGGCACCUCAACUAAUGGAACUUUUUGAUAUUUUUUUCACUUUUGUUCAUUUUUGCUAUUUCUAUUUUAAAAUAAUAAAAAUGUGAAAAACACAGCAAGACUUAAUUAAUAUCCAAAUUUGUAUAAGGAAGCUAAAGCAUGCAAUCAUUCAUCUCAUCCCAUGGGUCUUUUAAAUAGCUUUUUUCAAUUCUUUUAUUUAGUUUGGGAUUUUAUAUUUGUAGUUCAUAUUAUUCUUUCUAGCGCCCAGGACGUCACAUGUUUGAUCCCAUUUGUGGGAGCUUUUUUUAUCCCUCAAAGACACAAAAAAAUGGUUUUACCCAGGAUAUAGACUCCAGUAUCUCAGUAAGCCUUAUAUAGGCUUUUGGUGCCAUGGAUAUUAAAUAAAUAGCUUUUUACUGAACAAUAUAGACAACAUUGUCCAAUAUAUCAAGAGCUAUAGAAUAACAUACAUCAGUAUCAUCAGAUUCUUUAGUUAAACAUUUCUUUGGGAUACAUAUAACAAGCUAGUAUAAUUAUAUAUUGAAGUUGUGUGUGUUGUAGAUUAAGUUUUGUGUGUGUUGUGGUUUUUCAUCCUAUUGUUAGCUGAGAUUAAAAAGAUGCAGUUUUGAUGAGUUUUAUAUGACAGUAGAAAUGAGCUAUCACAGGAAUGUUAAGAAUUCAGUUUUUUGACAUCUUUUUCAAUGAAUAGAUGCAAUACAUUUUGUAACAUGUGGUUUCAUUGUACCUAUUGUUGGAAGGAACACUUAGAUUAUGUUUCAAUUUGAGGAAAAUAUUGUACUUCUGAUUAAGUACCAAUCCUGUAUUUUACUGUAAAUCUAUCUUUAAAUAUCUUUUUGGGGUUAUUUUUUCUGUUUUUCAGUAGUAUUAAUGUCUUCCUUUAAAAAAUUAAUUAUUUAUAAUGGAAAUGAGCCAAUGAACAAGUUAUGUAUCGAUUUUGAUGUAUUACAGGAUUUAUUCAAUGUUUUUUAUAAGGAUGUUUGACAAAUGUUCAGUUCAAACUUUUCUGUUUAAACAUGUAUUUUUUUGUAAAACACAAUUGAACAAGCAACUGCUGAUUUGCAAUGUCUAAUUAUGGUAUCCAUGUGCUAGACAACAAUUAUCAUUUGUUUGCAUACUAUUAGUUCUGCCUACACUAUUUAUAAUUAUAUUAUUUAUAUAAAGAUUAGUUCACAUCAAUAGUAAUUUUUGUCAUAAUGAAUAUUUUGUUUACUGCUUGUUUUGAUUUUAAGUUGCUUUGCGUACUUAAUGAUGGUCAUGUUACAUGUAUUUAUAGUGCUAUAGCUGUGUUCAUGAAUUGUUAAGUACAUUUUAAUGUUUAGGUACUCGCACAUUUCUGAUCUCUGUCUGCUGAACAGUAUUUUAUGUGUGCACCAGCAUUUUAUAUUAUAGACAUCAUUCUCUCAUCAUUAGGCUUUUAGCACUUGUGUUCUACUUAUUUUGUUGAAAUUCACCCCGUCCCAGUGUAAUAUACCUAUGAUGAAAAGCACAUUAAACUUUACUUAAAACA